AUGAGGGUAUUAUUCUACGUGUUCAUACUUGUGAUUAUUGCAGCUAUCCAAGCUCAACUUAUUUCUGUUCACGUAAUCUUCCGUCACGGUGCCAGAGCACCAGUUCUCAAUGUAACUUCGGAAGAAGCAAAAUCCUAUUUUUAUCGUGGUUUGGGCCAACUGACGGACGAAGGAAUCGAGCAAGCAAAACUGAUAGGAAAAGUACUCAAAGAUCGCUAUGUGAACUCGUUUGUCGAUUCUAGAAUGUUGCCAACGCAAUUAUUGUUCCGGAGUAGUCCUGUCGAGAGAUGUUUGAUGACAAUUCAGACAGUCGGCAGCACAAUGUUCCCGAAUGCAACACCACCGGUGCAAACAAUGCCGAGGCCUGAUGAUUUUCUACUAGUUCCAAAGCUUGACUGCUCUUUUCAAAUUGAUGAGUGGGCACUGUUUUUCAACUUGACCGAAGAAGAGAGAGAUAAAGCUCGUAAGAACCCGUGGUUCGUCAGCGACAAAGCUCUGCGAAAAGCGACAUCCAAAUCGGUGACUCUUCAAGAAAGGUCGGAAGAAAAUCUUCCCGCGCUGAUUUUAGAAAAGGAAGCAGGUCUCGCAGUUCCAGCAUGGUUCAAUGAGGAGGCAUACAAGGAAUCGUUGCAUGUGUUCUACAGUGCACUAUCUGUCAUGGCAUCUGUUGGAGAAUAUAAAAGUUCAAAAGGAAUCCGAAUUAAAGCAGGACUUCUUCUUGAUAAAAUUUUCAAUGAUAUUCAAGAAAAAAUUCGUUGCCAUGAAAAGAAAAGUGUCAAUAGAAUUAGUUGCGAUCAGAAGAAACUUCAAAUCUUCAGUUCUCAUGAUUUGUUAAUUUUGCCACUUUUGGAAGCUCUCGGAAUCCGUGAAGAUGUGUUGGGUAAAGAACUUCCACCAGAGUUCUUGUCUGCUAUUGUUAUCGAAACAAUGCUCGUGGACAAUGUGCCAUUUGUCAAAAUAUUUUAUCGUGGAAACCCGAGAGAAAUAACGUUACGAGAUGUGACUGGACUUGUAAGAAACUGCCCACCAAAACAACCUCUCUGUCCAGCUGACCUCUUCACAUCGUGUUGCGGAGAAUUCAUCACUGCUGACCCUAAAAGUGAAUGCUACGAAGAACCAUCAACACAAUCUCCGAAUGAAUGGGCUAUGACACCUAUUUCAUGGAUCUUAUUUGGUAUUUCUAUUGUUUUAAUCUUGAUACUCAUAGUCAUGUCGUACCUUGUAAUCCGUUACAAAAACCGAUCAGUAGUCACCAUCAAAAAAGUCUGUCUAGAAAACUGA